AUGUUUAUUAUCACAUUCUUUAUAUUUGCUACUUCUUUUGGCUCCACAACAAAGAAGUUGUAUGAAGCCGUUCCAACUGAUUGUAUAGUUUUCCCAAGAAAUUGGAUAUAUGAAGAUAAUAAAUGUAUUCGAACUGGGGAUGGAUCAAAGAAAGUAACUUACGAUGGAGUCAGUCAAAAAUUCAAUCUUUUUUGUUUUACCAAUUACACUUACACAACACCAGAUUGUACUGGAACGCCAAAAACGUCUUCUAACUGCCACAGUUAUUUCAACCUCGAUUACAAUGUCAGAAACAUUGCUUUUGUGAGUGAUAAAAACAAAGGGUGUGAACUUGGGGAUAAAAUCAAUGGGAUGUAUUAUAACGACGAAUGCCAUAUUGAAAACCAAAUCUCGUACCAGUAUAUGAUUUUCAAUAAUAGUGGCGUCUUAAAGUUGGGUAAGUGUCUAAUGCCAGCACCAGACUGUGGAGGAUACUGCUUCAAAACAGAAGAAUUGUUAACGUGCAAUACUUGUGUUAAUGGCGUCUUAGUACACUGCUUAGGCGACAAAACCAAAAUCAACAGAAACAAGGCAUAUGCAACUGGAGAGACUCCAUCUCCAAAUUACAAUGUCGAUGAUAAUAUUGAUUAUAACAAGAAAUCAAUCGAUUAA